CAAAUACCCUGUGAUAUAAAUCUCAAUUCAACGACAUUUUAUUGAAGAUAACUUCGCCUUGUCACCGAGUAAAACACAACAGUGGGCUCACUGCUUUUUCUAACAACUCUAUAUGGCUCCUGAAAAGUGUAAGGUGAUGAAUUUUGUGAGAACUAACAGGGUAAUGGAGUACACACUGAAAGGAGUCCACUGCUGGGCACUUCACUGUUGAAGAAAGGUAUCGCUAUGGAUUUGAAAUGGCCACAUCUCGGUAUGGUUUUCUUUAUAGCUGUCUCUAUCACCAUGACUUGCUGUUUCGUGUGGCAGUACAAACUUCCAAAGAAAGACAUGAAUGAAUUUCCUUUGUCUAAAGAGCCUAAACCAGUUCAGAUGUGUCCCAGGCAUCCCAAGCCUGUACCACUGGUACAUCCAAUGCCAAUUCUAAAAGAAGCUCUCAACAAGGUUGACUUUCUGCUACGUCAUCAAAUACAUGCAAGGAACUUACCAUCCAUUUCAGCCAUUGUAAUAUUUAACGAUACUGUGCUGUGGACUGGAAAUUUUGGGAAAAAAAAUGCAUCUGAUGAGUUUUCACCUCCACCAAAUGAAUACACUGCUUACAGGAUUGCAAGUAUUUCCAAGAUCUUCCCUGCUAUCAUGCUGUACAAACUCUGGCAGGAAGGAAAAAUUGCAUCUCUGGAUGAUCCAUUAACAAAAUAUGUCCGAAACUUCACAGUUAAAAACCCACUGGGAAAUUCAAAACACUUGGAAAGUAAAUAUGAAGCAGAUGGCCUGGUAUUUCUCGAGCGAGGGGAAACUGCUGCAAAACUAUCAUCUGUGACAUUGAGAAGAAUGGCCAGCCAGCUGUCAGGGUUACCUAGGCGGCUCAGAUCAACAAGCCUGCUCUGGAAUGGAAACACUGAGAUGGCACUGAAUCUUCUACGGGAUGAUUUACUCAUCGCGGACCCUGGUACAAGAUGCCAUUACAGUAAUUUGGCAUUUUCCCUCCUGGCUCACAUUCUAGCCAAUCAAGUCGCUGGAUCAGAGUAUCAACGCUGGAUUACUGAGAAUAUUUUAACUAAACUAGGAAUGGAGCACACUGGAUUUGAGUUUACACACUCAGUCCGUUCUAAGCUAGCAGUUGGUGUUUACAGCAAUGGUCAGCCAGCACAGCUCUAUGACCUUGGUUGGUACAGACCCUCUGGCCAAAUGUAUUCCACGACUGCGGACCUGGCCAAACUAGCCAUGGUGCUUUUGGGAGCUGUUCACCGAAAUCUUCUUGAGCCUGACACCAUAAAAAUGAUGCUCACUCCAGUCUUCAGGUGUUCUAAGGAUUACUUUGCCAGCAGAACAGGAACGCCGUGGGAAAUCGACGAACUGUUUGGAUAUGACAUCAUUAAAAAAGAGGGCGAUUUGGAUGGUUACUCAGCCACAUUCUCCCUGAUUCCGAAACUCAAAUUAGGAUUUGUUAUUUUGAUGUCAGGCUCUCGGCCUCAAGAGAAGGACUUGACUAUGAGAGUUUAUGAUUAUUUAAUACCUGCAAUGGAGUCUGCAUUUCGACAAAGCAAAAGAGUUCUUUCUCCGCCUCCUCACCCUAAGCCUUAUGUUGGUCACUACACAUUUGCAAACUUGACCUUUUAUGAGAUUAAGAAGGAGAAGAAUGGAGUGUUAGUAAUGCAACAGUUUGGCCCUCAUAUUGAAAGCUUGAUUCCUGAGAGGUAUCGAACGAUCAAACUCUGUUAUUUAGAAGAAAGGGUAUUUCAAAUUGUAUUUGAAAAAGAAUACCCUUGUGUCUUGAAAUUUAGCACAGCUUCAGUGUCACUUGAAGCUCAAGAUGGACAACUGUUUAAUUUUUUUCCGUUUAACAGGAAAGGCCUAUCUCCUGGUUUUGAUGCACCAGGCCUUAAUACCUACAAUAUCCUCCGCAUCAGUCAGAAACCAAGAUUUUGAGAAUAGGCAACCGACUGCAGCUAUUUUAGGAACAUUUGAUAAACCACUUUUUACAGAUUGAAGAACAUGGGAAAUUCUGGAACAAGGGAAUGGGCCAUUGGUAAAGCAACCUUUCUCAAAGCAGACAUCGUUUAUGAUGACACUAUCAUGAGCUACCACCAUCUAUUGAUCCACUACUUUACAGAACACACGGGCUGGGAAUUUUCUGGGAAUUGCUGCUGCUCCAGUGCCAAAUCUUCAUUAGGAUCAUGGAAAGGGAGCGCAGAUAGCACUCUGAGGAAAUUCCCGGUCAGCGUUCCUUCUGUUUCUGUAGUGGUUGUCAUGAUGUCAGCCAAGUGAACCCCAUAGAAUAUGGGAUGUUAAUCUGGUCCAAUCAGGGAGCCGUGGUUGACAGAUAAGAACAGAAAUGUCAGGCAUCCUGUUCACUCCGAGAGCUGGCUCUGUGGGAGAUGGAUCAGUGUCAAGGGCUCUCCACUUGUAAAUAAAGGGUGACUUGGUGACAGGA